AUGCCGGGAGCCGGGGGUCAUUGGAAAAGUGAGAUGCCGACGUCACUCAAAACGAUCCUUGCAUGGGAGUUCAGGGGCAGAACUGAAGGUAGACUCGGGUGCAGUUACCCACUCCUACUUGCUUUCACUAGAACAACAUAUUACACUGUGAAAGCAAGAUCAUGCACUGGCAUCGGUUUUAUUACUCCACAGAUGUGGGUCAUCGGCCAUGACAAAAUAUGGGAUAACAAAUAUUAUGGAUACAAGAUGGCAACAUAA